CGUAAUCGACGAGUAGCUUAUAACCUGUUCAUAGCAAGUAGCCCAGGCGCUGUGGCCAGGUAGAUACCGCCUCGGAACCCGAGGGACACAUUGUUCGUGGGGUUUGGGAGCGUUCUGGUGUCAGCGGUGAUUGCUGCUCCGCGUGAUGAUUGCACAGGGAGAUGAUGGAGCUCCGUCGUAGCGGAUACCGGAGGGGCCUGCUGCCGGAGGAUCUGGAGCUGGACAUCUCGUGUCCAGUGGGCCCCAACCGCAGUUCCGGCUUGGAAUGCCUCCGGAGUGCUCUAUGGUAGCCGUCAUCCUCUAGCCUUUAGGAGGGCGACUACUUCAUAAGGCCAUCAUGCGAUGAGACCUCAUCUGCAAGAUUUGCGGAUCUUUGCAGAACAACAACCACCACUAUUCAUUGAAGAUGGCGAACCUAACGCAAGAACGCGUACAGUGUCUGUACGACACGUUUGGAGAACUCGAUGUCAUCGACGAUAUCAUUCGACAUCGAGCUGCAGAUGUCCCUCCUGCCCCUAUUCUUGGCUACCCAAGAACGGAAGACAGUGUUGAUGACUAUGAAAGGUUCACCGGCCAGCAGCUCGACCGGCUUAUCGAUGGUGCCGUGAAGCACUUCAUCCGGCUUGGCUUGAAGCCGAACACAGGCAAGGUGGCGGCCAUCCUCGCGCCGUCUAAUGUGGACUUCAUCGUCACAUUUUUUGCCCUUAGCCGCUUAGGCUACACGGUCCUAUGCCUAUCACUACGCAUCCCUCCAGUAGCGAUCCUGAACCUCUUAAAUCAGACGGAUUGCGAGAUCAUUGUCUAUGGAACCCUUCCGCAUAUUUCGGCCAACGUCAAAGUGGUCAGCGGCGAGAGGCGUGUUGAGCUUCUCCAAAUACCAAGACGGCCCGACUAUGAUAACCAAGACGCAGCAGGAGAGGCGCGAUUCGUCCGGGCCUUUGAUCGUGCUGAGGAGCGAGGCCGCAUGGCAUUGAUCAUGCAUUCGUCAGGCUCGACCGGCCUCCCUAAGGCCGUGGCACUCACUCACACAAAUGUGCUUACGCACGCGAUACUAGGGGCCGGAUUGGAUAAUUUUGCCGCAUUGCCGUUAUACCACAUGUAUGGCGUGUCGACAACUCUACAGGCUAUGUACAGGCGCAAAACGGCCUACCUGUUCAACACCUCGAUCCCACUCACGGCAGAGAAUCUCGUCGCGGCCCUUACGAAGGUGGGGGCCGACGUCGUACACGCGGUCCCGUACGCGCUGGGGCUCCUUGCUGAGCAGCCCCGCGGCAUCGCGUACUUGAGAUGUUGCAAGAUCGUGACGUCCGCGGGGGCCCGAACACCCGAUGAGCUGGGCGAUCGCCUGGUGGCCGAGGGCAUUAACCUGGGCGUCGUGUUUGGCACGACGGAGGCUGGGCUCCUUGGCGAUACUAUGCGGAGGGUCGACGGCGACGACUCGUGGAACUACAUCCGGAUAUACUCCCACAUCCGGAAAUAUAUACAUAUGGACGUCGUCGGUGAAAACCAGUUCGAAUGUGUCUACCUGAAGGGCCACCCGGGCUUAUCUACGUCUAAUUCGGAUGAUCCCGCACCGGGAUCCUGGCGUUCGAAGGAUGUUUUCGUGCCGCAUCCAACCAUCCCUGAUGUCUGGAAAUACGUGACACGCAUCGACGAUCGUAUUACCCUUGUCAAUGGGGAGAAAGUACUCCCGCUGCCGAUCGAGGGCCGCGUGCGCGAAGACAGCUUGGUCCGGGAGGCCGUCGUCGUCGGGGUUGACCGACCCAUUCCGGGGUUGCUGCUAUUUAGAGCCGAAAGAGCCGAUCACCUAUCGGACGAUGCUUUUCUAGAUGCGGUCUGGCCCACGGUAGAGGAUGCGAACUCCCGGGCCGAGGGCUUUUCUCAAAUCACGCGCGACAUGAUCUGCGUCCUCUCGUCCGAGUCGGAGUACCCUCGGACGGACAAGGGUAAUAUCAUCCGAAACCAAUUAUAUCGCGUAUUUUCGAAAGAAAUCGACGAGUUAUAUAGCAAGCUAAACGGGGCCAGCGAGGGAAGCCUCAGGCUCGACCUUCCGGGUCUCGAGGAAGUUAUCUGCGCCGCGUAUAAGACCGUCACCGGUACAACGCUCGACUCGGUCGAGGUAGAUUUCUACUCAGCCGGCAUCGAUAGCCUCAGAGCGAUUCAAAUACGCCGCAUCUUCCAGGAGACGCUAUACUUAAAUGGAAAGCAGCUCGGGACAAACGUCGUCUACGACUAUCGGAAUGCGAAAGGGCUUGCCCAGUAUCUCUUCUCGCUCAGCCAGGGAGGCGAUGUCAGCCAGAACGACAGCCAGUCGCUCGUAAAGCAGUUCAUAGACAAGUACUCGUCCCCUGGCGAGAUAGUUCUCCUCACCGGCGCCACUGGAUCGAUAGGCGCACACAUCUUGGCGCAGAUGCUCAACAGUAGUGAAUACAGUAAGGUGUACUGUCUCGUCCGAGGUUCAACCCCGAUGCAGCGGAUCCUCAACUCCCUCAAGCAGCGCCGUCUCGAGGUCUCGCCGUCGGGCCUGGAGAAGAUCGUGGCCGUCACAGCAGACGUCUCCAAGCUGGAUUUCGGGCUCGGUGGUAGUUUUAUGGAACAGCUGAGGGCCGAAGUGAGGCUCAUCGUUCACAUCGCCUGGCCGGUUAACUUCAACAUCCAUCUGCACAGCUUCGAGCCGCAGCUCGCGGGAUUGUACAACCUGCUUAACCUCUCAGUCUCGGUGCAGCGGCCGGAGCCGGCGCGCCUCUUCUUCUGCUCGUCGAUCUCGACGGCGACCAACACGACAGGGCCCGCGAUCAUCCCCGACGCGGCCAUCGAGGACUUCGAACAGACUGCGGGCACGGGCUACGCACAAUCGAAGCUAGUCGGUGAGCACAUGGUUCGCAACGCCGCACGCAGGGGGGCCAGGAGCUACGUGCUUCGCAUCGGGCAGAUCGUCGGCGACACGCAGAACGGCGUGUGGAACGACAAUGAGUUCAUCCCGUCCAUGAUCCGCUCAGCACUAACCCUGAAGGCUCUUCCGGUACUCGAAAGUCCCUGCUCGUGGCUGCCGGUGGACACGCUAGCGACCACGGUCCUACAGCUCGCCCGGACGCUCAGCUCGGCACCGCGGCCACUGGCCAUAGACGCGCGAGACCCACCCAUCUUCUACAACGUGGUGAAUCCGCACGUGUUCUCGUGGGACGCGCUGCUAAGAGAACUCAGAGGCGUGGCGGGACUCGAGUUCGACGCGGUGCCGGUGCACGAGUGGCUCGAGGCGUUGAGGGUGAGCGCGGCGCGCGGCGACGAGGAGGUUAACCCCGCGGUGAGGCUGCUCGGGUACUUCGAGGCCGAGCUCAGCACGGCUAGCGACGAGAGCAGCAGUGGCAAGGUCCGCAGCGACUCUGCAAGAGAGAAACGCGGCGCCGUGUUCUUCGACACCGGCGCGGCGCGGCGCGACAGCACCGCGCUCAGGGUGCCGCCGCGGUGCGUCGAGGACGGGCACGUAAAGAAGUACGUAGAAGUGUGGAUGGAAAAAUGGGCGCGGCCGGUGAAGACGUGA